UGGUAAAGAUGGAAAGGGGGAGAGGAGGAGGAGGAGGAGGAAGGAACCUGGGGAGCUCUGGCCUGCACAGGAGCAUUUAUUCCCAGUCCCAGCAGCAGUACCAUUACCCGGCCUCCUCCCAGGGGGGCUGCAUGGAGAUCCAGGAGCUGGCCUCCAAGAGGGUGGACAUCCAGAAGAAGCGAUUUUAUCUGGAUGUGAAACAGAGCUCCCGAGGCCGCUUCCUGAAGAUUGCUGAGGUCUGGAUAGGAAGAGGCAGGCAGGACAAUAUCAGGAAAAGCAAACUGACCCUCUCCUUGUCUGUGGCCGCUGAGCUGAAGGACUGCCUGGGGGACUUCAUUGAGCACUAUGCCCACCUAGGCCUGAAAGGCGGCCAUGGUCACCGGCACGAGCACAGCAAUGGCAAAGAACAGCAUCCCCGGAGACGACAGCAGCACCCGCCACCUUCACCUCCAAUGUCUGUCGGCUCUGAAGAGCACCCUCACAGCGUCCUCAAAACAGAGUACAUCGAGAGGGACAACAGAAAGUAUUACCUGGACCUGAAGGAAAAUCAGCGGGGGCGCUUCUUGCGGAUUAGACAAACCAUGAGUAGGGGACCUGGCAUGAUGGGUUAUUUUGGCCACAGCUUGGGACAGGAGCAGACAAUUGUUCUUCCAGCGCAAGGGAUGAUUGAGUUCAGGGAUGCUUUGGUCCAGCUGAUCGAAGAAUACGGUGAUGGGGACAUAGAGGAUCGCCGGGGGGCAGAUGACGAGCCCCCGGAGCUCCCAGAGGGCACCUCCUUUCGAGUGGACAACAAGCGCUUCUACUUCGACGUGGGAUCCAACAGGUACGGCAUUUUCCUGAAGGUAAGUGAGGUGAGGCCGCCCUACCGUAACACCAUCACGGUUCCAUACAAAGCAUGGACACGGUUUGGGGAAAAUUUUAUCAAGUACGAAGAAGAGAUGAGGAGAAUUUACAACAGCCAUAAAGAAAAAAGAAUGGAUGCCAGAGGGGACAGUGGUGAAGAGCAAGAGGGUCUCGAAUAGAGUGCAUUGGACUGGCUGUCUGGCAAAAUAAACAAAACAAGUAGAAAUUGGUGAGAGGGACUGACCUAUAGUAAUUUCAAGUUGCCCCAUUUUUUUGUAAAGUCCUUUUCUGGUAGUUCUUGCUAACUCCAAUCUGUAAUGCUAUAGGAGUCUGGUUAUCAUGUUAAAUUAUGCCCAAAACAUCUCCGUAUGUCUUUUGAAAGUACCAACCUCCCGAGUCCGUAUGAGUCAGCUGCUUCGAGUGUUGAAGACUAUGGAAGUACACGUAUCAGCACAAAAAAAAAUCCAGCACUCUGACCUUUAAAUAGUCUAGAUAAGGCUUGUGUUGCACUUCAACGUGAUACAGAAAAAGCAACCCAAACCUUAUGCUGAAAUGUAUCAGUUUCUGCUUAUGAUGGGUUUUCCAGGACUGAAUUCUACCUGUACUUGGUCAAAAGGCUGAGCAGCAUAGCUCUAGGGCAUUUAUGACAAAAAAUCAACUUCAUGUGAAUUGCUGGUAUGUGUAUGAGGAGAGGUAGAGGUUUUAAAAUUGGCAUCUGCUGGUUACUGAGUUUGAAACGAUAUUCUGUGUGGGUAAAACCUUGAUAACUGGUCAGACCUUUAUAAUGUGCUGGUGAAGAAUGGAAGUUUUCUUAUUCAUUUCAUAAUUUUGUGCUGACCAUAUAACCCAAGUAUCCCAGAAUAUAUCAAAGCUCUACUCGAGUGCUAAGCCUUCUGAGUUAAUAGUAAUGAAUAUCCCACUCCUCAUCUAUGUGUUCUGCCCAUGUGAGGCUGGUGAUUUUUUUUUUUUUAUAAUGCAUUUGUCCAUAAUUUCCAAAGGUAUUUUUAUAUUAGGGGCGUUAUGGGUUCCAGCAGGCAGCUGUGGAGCGGGUAUUUGGAGGUGGAGGGACCACCACAACCAAUGCUCCCAGCUUCUCUCCUAGAUAUGAGAUUAAUGCGGUUGUGAUAUUACCCGUGCAAGGAGAACACCUGGGUGUUUUUCUCCUGCUGCGAGAAAGACCUUUGUGGGGUUUGGUGCACCAUUAGAUAUGUAUAAAAAGGCAUCUGUCUCAUACUUACCUGUAGUGCAUUUCAGAAACCAUGGUUAACACCAUGUUGGGUUUUCUGUCAUGCUGAUUUUACAGGUGGUGUUAGGAGAUAGUAUCUGUGCCCUGCCAUCACCCUUUUCCCACCCACUCAGAACUGGGACUGUCAUCAAGCAAUUCAAUCCCCGAACUCCCCCACCCAGGAUUCAGUGUCGUCCUGCUAAAGUCUCUGUAAUGUAAAUUUUACAUCUUGUGAUAUAAACUCUCUGCCUGGAGGGAAAAUGUGUACAAUUACCUGUUUCGGAGGUUGGCGAAAGAUUUUGAAAAUUUUUUGUCAUUUCUUAGAACAUGAAUACUUAAAACAUAAGGGGCUUUUCUAGCCUUGGGGCGACCAGCUCCUUCCCCUCUGAAACCAGCGGGAAUUUGGUUGAGCUCCAAGUACUUCCAGUAACGUGUUGCCCACCUUUAAGAUCUUUUUUUAAGUAGGCAUUACUGUGUCUAAUCAGAUAUUUAUAAUAAUUUGAAUAGUUUUUUUACAGAGUGGCCUAGUGUGCACGUGAACCAGCUAUUUUGCCAUACAACCGUUAAAUGUUUUGGGGUUUUUUUUAAUCUGUUGAGAAAUGUAUUUAUCUCCAACCAGACCGUUCACUGAUCUUAGUCUGGACCCACCUGCACGCUGAAUGGCCACACUCAAAUCAAAUGCUAUUACCUGUUAACAUCAUAAACCAUAACGAGAAAAGUUGGGGAGGCAGGGGUGGGAACCAAAAGGAUAAUCUGGACUUUAGUUUGGGUACUAAAACUAGUCAAUCUGUUUUAACUUUAAGAAAAAAAAGAAAAAAGAAAAAAAAUAAAAGCUUGCACCAAAGUCACCAAAGAACCUUUAGGAAAAUGUUACGGUUGUGACAAGAAGUACGAAAGUUAAUUUCACUGUUUUAGGUGAUUCCCCCUUUAGGUAAAACCACACAUAACGGUUACAGCAACGAAGCUUUUGGCUUAGUGUCAAAAACUCCCAUCCAUUUCUGCGUAGAUCAUUCUUUUAGGUACUUUUUCAACUCUCGGAGAGAUGUUCUCGCUCCACCACACAAACAGUUAGCGGACCAUGAUGAAUCAGCUGGAGGUUAAACAUAUUGGUUCAUCAUUGCUCUUAGGGCUUUGGUCCCAAUGGUUUUAACAGGUCAUCAAUUAAAAAGAAAAGCAAAACCAACUUUAAAAUAACUAUAUCCUUUUAUUGGUGUGAAACCAGAAUUUAGUGAAUGAGUCCUUGAUGUGUAUGUUAGCAUAUUGCUGACUGCUGCUGCCCGUCACAGUGCCUGGAGUAAAAAAUUAACUUAUAUUCUAACAAACUGGAGCUAUGAAUGUACAAACUUUUUACACUCUCCUUCCCGUUUCUAUGUGGCAUUCCUCCCCUACGAGCUUGACAUCUCCCAGUCCCAGCCUACCUUUGUCUCAAGGUCUUGUAAAAGCUCCUAUGUUGGAAUUAGCCCGAGUGACCGCCUGUGUUGUAAGUGAUCAUGCCUUCCCUGUGUUCCUGUAGCGUUGGUGAGGAAAAUACUUGCAACGGGCAAAGUGAUUGGAAAGGGAUAGUUUCUUCACCGUUUUAAAAGAAAAAAAGAUGCAAAAUGGCUUUCCUUAUUGCUGCCCAUUGUUUUAAAAAGAACCUUUAUCUUUUGUUAAUGAAUUGGCCUUCCAAUGGCAUUCAUUUAUUGUAAAUAACACCCAGGAAUUCAGUGUCUGCUGCCUACCAGGUUGGGCUUGGUUCUGGCACACAGGUAUCCCAUAGGAUCCACUAAUGCAUUUACUCCCCUGAUGCGGGAUGCACCUUAGUAUCCAAAACUGGAUGGGGAUCAUCACGUUCAUAUCACCCAUGGGUAAACCACUAGCCACGGGUUUCCACUGCAGUGGAAAGCACCGAUGUUUGCAGAUGUUGUCGCUGGAGGGUAAUACAGACUCACUCGAAAUGUAGCAAUGCAAGGCUUUUAAUGGUGAGAUUUGGAAAUGGGUUCCUUGUUAUUUUUGGCAGCGCGUCUUCACCUUCCGAGAGUGGCGGUAAGACGGGCUGCUUGCGUGCAAAAGGGCCCAUCAAGAUGCUCGGGAAUGCCGAAUCCAUAAUGCGUUUUAAAUGUUCAUUCCUGAUGCCCUGAAACUGCCAUGUCCCUUAAACUUGAGAAAACACAAGCUUAUUUGCACUAGAAAGAACGGCCAAAAACAAUCCUUAGGAGGACAGGGUGAAGAGCACCAUUCUGAACCUCUUUUUUCUCAUGAGAGAAUUUCCUGUUCAAGCCCUCACCUCUGUUUCAAAAUUGUAUGGUCCCGGCAGAAAGUCUGUCAGUUCAAUAAUUAAAUCGUAAUGCACUUUAUAUUGUGUAAAUAAUACUAGGAGCACAUUUCUGCUCCCGCUCUGGUAAGGGGAUGCUUCGGUAACAUAGUCUAAUGCUGAAAGAAGUCGUCUCUGCAUGCAUGUGUCUGUUAGAGACCUAUUGUACUUACUUGGUCCAGCUCCGCUUGUAUGUUAGAGGAGGACAGGCGCUAUAUAGAGGAUCCUCUCAAACCACGAAGAGUGGGAUGAUUUUUUUUUUUUUUUUUUAAAGUUGUGAUUUGCAGAGCUGCUGAGCAUCCUCAGCUCUGCCAUUGCUGUGGCUCCUCGUCCCUUCUGCGAAUCAGACCCUCAGUGUUGCUGUUGAGGCUUAAACCCAAGCUUUUCACAUACAGUCUCAACAAAGUCAAGUCCAGCAGCUCCUUCGUACUUGGCUUUCCCUGAUGUUGGUGCAGAAGCUGGGGCAGUCCCUAAAAAGCUUAUCCCAGGUGGAAGGGGCUGUGGGGGCUUCCUCUGCCUUGCAUCUUGGGGAUUUGUUUUGAGUCCAGCCCAUUGAGCCGUCCUUCUCUGUAAAGUACGGAGGCAGGGGUGUGCUAAUGAAGGGCCAGGAAGUGUUUUGCGCUGGUGUGGUGAGAUUAACUCUCCAGGCACUCUGGAGGAGAUGGCAAAACCUGCUGUUGCGGGUUCUUCACAUCAAGUCUGGAUGACAGACUUUAUCCAGCAAGAAGCUGCAGCGGUUAUUGGUAAUCUACUCGUCGUCGUGUUUCUUAUCUGUAUCCAAUAUAUACAAAUUCAUAUUCACAUAUAGGCAUUAAUAUAUUUAUAUGAGUAUAUUGUAGCCUGUGGUAGCUCGUAGCAAAAUAAUCUUAUUUAUCUGAAGUACGCAGUCUAAAGAGUGGGCAGUUUUCUCCUACUACCGGUCUGGAUAAACACGUUAUUUCACCGAGGCCUGAUUUUGUGCUGUUCGUCACAGCCCUUGUAAGAUUUCUGCUUUUAAGCACUCUCAUCUCUUAGGUUUUUGGCAAGGCUGGAAGGGAAAACGUAGUCAAAAGAAGGCAAAACUCUUCCUUGGAGGUGUUGUUGAGGUGAGGUGAGAGCUGUAAAGAGGCAGCUGCAGGUACUGCCAGCCACACUGCAUUUCAAUGCCAUCUUACUGUCCCCUGGCUCUGCAAACCUGUACUACCAUGUUAAUAAAAUCCCAAGUAGGAGUAUUAAAAACCUGUCCUUUAUACAAAAAAAGCGCAAGUGAUUACCAAAAUCAAUGUCAGCACAUUUUUUUUCUGCUAAAGAUGUCAUAGUCUAAUGAUUGCAUCAUUUUUUUCCGUAAACUCACAGAGAAGGGAGUUGGUAGUGGUUAGGAAGCCUACUGCUUACUUGACUUGCAGCCCUUUUAUCCAAGUGUAGUAAUUUUUAUAGCAGAAAAGGGUUUAUUAUUGUGUAUUUUUAUUAGGCAGAUUUUGCACCAGGUCAAAAAUUAAUUAAUAAGCGGUUCUAGUUCCAUGGCGUUCAUACUUUUGCUGUACAUACCACAUAUAUAUAUACAAUUUAUAAAAUAAUUCUUAAAGAAAAUUAUAUGUUCUGUUUAAUUUUCUAUGGAACUUCCUCCAAAAUUAAAACACGCUUUAUUUUUACUUACUUAGCAUGUUGUCAUGUCUAAAAUUCACCUUUCCCCUACCUUUUCAAGUAAAGGUUGUAUUUGAAAUAAAGAGUUUAUCCAAGUAAGAGUGGAAAUAAAGGCUACACUUGACAUACCAUAAUCUACUUGCAUAAACCCAAGCAAGGCUGUUGCCCCAUAGACUUUGCCAAAACAAAUCAUCCCGCCAGUGUGAACGCUGGCAUUGGGGAGCAAAGCUUGUCCAGCAUGCCCAAGGUUUCCUGGGAGAGCAUGAUGCAUCCUCAUAGAUGCCCAGCAGGUUGGGACCAUGGACCUUGUCCCCUUGGAGGAACAUAUUGGCAGUGACUUGAGGUGGCAAUAGGUUUAAGCCAUCCUCGUACCUGUGGAUGAUGCCAUAUACACAAGUUGUUUCCUGGCUGUAGGGCAUACUCCGUUGGGCAAUGGCUGUAUUGUCUUUACAUUAUUAAUGCUGGUGUGGUGAUGUCUUCUGUUAACCUCUCUGUCCUUUCACUUUCAUCUGGAGUCAUUAAAAUUUCAUCGUGUAGAUGCAAAACCAAGCAAAUUUAAGUAUCUGGAGAAAAAAGAUUCACCUGUUGGGCUUUUUUCUCCUCUGUAGAAGUGAAACCUGUGGUUCGUGUGAAGGGUCGCCAUUGCCCUCUGCGUCCUACGCACUUGCAGUUCGUUAUCACUUUGCCAGUCAGUGCAGCAAAAUCAUCAUGGCUUUUGGGGAUGUUUUGGGGUGAUCCGGUCUUGCCUAAAAAUGUCCGAAUUCUGUCAUGACAGCAGAAAAAAAACCCUGGCCAGGGGAUAAAGUGCUUCUGGACUUGGGUGUUUUGGAAAAAGCUGAAGCCACAUCUUUUUCCACUUUGUUUCUCCAAAAUCUGAAGGAGCUUUCAUGGGCUGACACUGAUUCUUCUUCCUAAUAUUUUGUCAUGCCCAUGAUCACUUCCCCACCUGUACCUCCAUAAAGGCAACAGUAUUUUAAAGCUUCAAGGUAAAAUAAAGUAACAUGGAUUAAAAAUUGCUUUUCCAGAAAUGUCAAAGCACAAACUGAAGUUUUAGAAGGUAGGCUUCGUUUUGGCAUUUUUCUGAUGGUUGUAAUUAGAUUGUUCCUUCUACAUGCUGAGGCAUCAUGUGAAACAUGAACCUGCAGCCUCUGGGCUGUCUUAUGUACAUUAACUUCUAGAAAGGUGUAUGCUGGAUGACCUUCUGGCCUUUUCAUGCUUGUUGGGCAUGUUUUGUGUUGUACUCUAUCCCAGAGGUAUGGGCCUAGCCUUGAGGUGCCUGGCUACCACCCCAAUCAAAUUGUCAUUUAUGGUUUCCCAACUCAUCUUCCUAAUUGAUAGGCUACCUCGCGACGCUUGGAGUGGCACAUGGAAAUUGCUAGCUCUGUACAGAUUAUCCACCGUAAAUUAAAAAAAAAGACAUAUUCUGUCUCUUGGAUGUUUCAGACCCAUCCUACAUACUAGUAUUCAACGGGGCAAGAUAAUGGCUCCUGCCUUGGAGUUGUUAGUUGGAGAUGCAACUGGUCAGAUAGAUUUCUUAGCUGCGGUGGGGAAAAUCCAUCCUGCAGGCAGAAGUCUUCAUCUAGCUGUUUGUUCAUCUUGAUCAUUUGCUAUGCAGAGAUUAAUUGGAGUAAAAGAUCACCCUUCACGUCAGUUGCAGGAAGACAGCUAAAGCUAAGGCUCUCUGCCCAACCCCACUAAGCACAGUGAUGAUAUAACAUCUGUGAAUUUAUGUGAUGCACAAAUUAACAUGGAGGAAUAUUAAAUAUAUAUAUAUGCAUAUACAUAUUGAAAAUAGUAUUUUUUUUCCUGUUUCCAAUAGGUCCUUCCCUUUUGAGAUGUUGAAAUGUUAGCCGUCUUUUCUCUUUUCUGUAUCAGAGAUGUUCAACGUGCAAUACAAGCAGGGAGAUAGAUUUCACAAGCAAUAUCAACAUACUAUACUAUUAAUGUAAAAUCUUUAUACUACAAAUCGCGUGCAAUAGAAUCUGCAUUUCAAAACAGCAGAGAGUAUGUGGGAUAAAAGACACGGGUUAACCUCAGGCUUUUAGAAGUAUUCCCAUCUGCUCGUUGUUCCGAGCACAUGUUGUUGGCACGGUGUGGAGGGAGAGGGGGAGUAAGCGCAGAGAUAAGCGCUUCCCACCGAGGCAGAGGAACGAAAAGGCAGGAGGAGGCGGAGGGAAGUGAAGACAAGAUUCGUGCUCCAGGGAGUUGCAGAGCAUGAUGAUGGUUUUAUCUGCGGUAGGAGGAAUAGGUGGCACUGUCAGUGCUGGAGUCCUGCAGAGCUGGGGAAGGAGGCAGAAAGCCUGGAUCCAAACGCUCCUCUCGGGCACCAGUGUGGGUCUCUUUGGCUGGGUCUUCUUCCGUGCAGCACAUCUGUCUGGCAGUAACACACUCUGCAAGCACUGAGUCUUGCCAACAAACCCAUAGGGGCCAAGUAGCUUCUGCAGCUUGCUUUAUAAGUCUCGAGCGGCUUGGCUCUUACUGUGCGGGGAGGCUUGCCCGGGAAUAUCUGCAGAAGCUUAGGGCUACAUAGAAGUGUUGGUGGCCUGUAAGGUUUGCUCAUGCCAUCCCAAUUCAUGGAUGCUUGCACAUGCUUUUCACUGGAGCCUUGCUCUGCACACUGCUCUGACUGUCUCCUGCUCCAAGAACAAGCCAGAGCUGCGUGAUGGAGGGUUAUGUUAUUGAUGGGGCAGCAGCUUUUUUCCAUUUCAGACGAAAGGUGUUGGUGAAGGCUGGUGGAGAUCAGAGGAAAAAAAAAUGGCUUUCAAGAAACAAACUCUGUGCCUGUCUUUGCAAAGGGGUUUGUGUCAUUUUUAACAAAACUCUUUGCAGAUGAUCACCACUUUUAUCGUCUUUGUUUUUCUGGGCACCAGCGUUGGUACUCUGGGGCCUGAUGUACAGAAACGGUCCGUGUUAACAGCUGUUGAGAGCUGUGCUUUGAACGAAUGAAGUGCUGUAAUAAUUGCGAAGACUAUGGAAAAGCUGUCAGUAUCUCAAGCUGGGCCUCCUGAUAAUGGAGGCUAGAUCACUUUGGCUUUAUUCUGCCUGUGCCUAUGUUCCCCACCGAUAAAAUGGUGUGAAUGAUACCUCCCUACCUCAAAGGGGUCUGAUAAAGAUGAGUUCAUUUGGUGUUAGAGUUUUUGUGAUGAUUUGAUGGUGAUCAAUACUGAUGAUCUCCAAAAGCAAAACAAGAAUAUAUUUCCUGUUAAGUGUACUGAAUAGAUACGUAUGCAGUGUUUGAAAGGUAUGCAUAGAUAAGGCUUGGACUGCAUACAGAACGAUGAAUGAAAAAGAAACCCAUAUGCUAGAGGAGGAGGGAAAGUUGUAAGAGAUUGAGCAAUUUAGCUCUCUAUGCAUGUGUCUGAAGCACAGAACUGAGGUUACUCAGAUAAUCCUUAGUUCUGGCACUUCCUGACCUUUAAUUGCACGGUUUUCCAACUUUUUUUCUCUGCUGUUUUGUAUGAAGCUAUAUUGGCAUACUAUUCAAUAACACCAG